AUGCAGCGACUGCAUACGGACCAGGGGAGAAACUUCGAAAGCGCGGUCUUCAAAAAGAUAACCGAUAUUCUUGGGAUAAAGAAAACCCGAACAACACCAUACCACCCUCAAUGUGAUGGCGUUGUUGAACGAAUGAACCGGACCCUGAAAGAUAUUCUUUCAAAGUUGGUCAAUGAACGCCAAGCAUUGUUGGCGUAUCGGUCCACCGUGCAAACCUCAACAGGGUUCUCUCCACACUUCUUGAUGUUUGGAAGAGAAACAAAAAUACCAGUUGACCUAAUGACACCUGAUCCCCCUCAAGCAGAAGUACCACAUCAGAGUAUGCGGAAAAACUGAGGAAACGUUUUGAAAGAACAUACGAGUUGAACAGAGUAAAUACAAAGAAAGCUAGCGAGCGAUAUAAAGAUUACUACGACGCGAAGGCGAAAGAUACGACGUACAACGUUCGGGACAAAGUAUGGUUGUAUGUACCAUUUGUCAAAAAGAGAAAGAAUUUGAAGUUAUCACGGCCGUGGCGGGGACCCAUAUACAACUGUAAACAAAAUUUCGAAUCGAAAAAAAUGCCAACAAAAGGAAUAGGUUAGUAGUCCCAAGCGUUGAUAUGUGUUUUAAUUGAAUUAUUUCACCAUAUUACACAUUACACUAAUAUGUCAUUUAAUAAUAAUAAUACUCCUAUAGUCGAACAUAUAAUAACAACAUAUAAGUUGAUUUGUAUUUGUAUGUUUUUCAGUUUAUUUAAGAUCUAUUAUUAGCUUAUAUAAAAGCACCGCCUUUCGAACCUGACAGUCCGUUCGCAGGAUACACGCGUUAUUUCGCACUGAAAUAAGAAAUGUGACAAGGGAUGAAAUUACACGACCACAUCAGCAAUUUGCUGCUAUUUUUAUAUCGUGUUUAAAUAAAUGUUUUUGAAUUGAAUUGAAUUGAAUUACAACACGGCGAUGUUUUAUUUUGAAGCCGUAUGUGCUUGUUAAACCGAAUUUUAGCUUGAAAUUCGGCCACAUGAUAUGUCUAAGGCUAAAGUACAUAGCCAUUCAAAAAUUUUGUGAAAUAAAAGCCCUAGAGUCUUAUAAAUUGUUAUAGUUUUUAAUAGCGACUUUUCGUAGCAUUAACGCCCCGACUUGUCUGGACCCAAUGUAUUUAAUUUUUAAUUUUAAACAUUGAAACCGUUACGGUCGACACAAAUUGGCUUCUCACCUUGAGUUGUAUUCGAGUUUGCUUCCUUGUUUAUAUCAUUGAUUCCUAAAUGUUGACGGCGUUAAUUGCAUAAUUAUCGGUCCACUCAAGUCGGGGCAUUCAUAAUACGACAAACGAGUUUCAUCCCUUGUCACGUAUUUAUAUUGUUGCCGCCCCCUAUUUCAAAUCCCGCGCGUAUCCUGCGAACGGGCUGUCAGGUUCGAAAGGCGGUGCUUUUAUAUAAGCUAAUAAUAGAUCUUAAAUAAAUAAAAAAAACAUACAAAUGCAAAUCAACUUAUAUGUUGUUAUUAUAUGUUCGACUAUAGGAGUAUUAUUAUUAUUAAAUGACAUAUUAAUGUAAUGUGUAAUAUGGUGAAAUAAUUCAAUUAAAACACAGAUCAACGCUUGGGCUCCCUGUGUUGGAAGGACGAUUGAAUAGUCUACCUGAUCGACCACCAAACGAGACGAAACUUCAAUCGAAAGAAAUUCCUGAAACGAGAAAAGAAAACGCGGAGAAUUGUAGUGGCCAAACUUCGCGAACGGAAGCCAUAACUUAUGGAGAAAAUGAUGAGGAUGAGUGGACAGUGGGAUAUUUCAGACAAAAUGUGAGACAAAUUAGACCAAGUCGGACAAUUAACGUGGAUGAACACGGACAAAAUUUACCUGACGAAGUACAAGAGGAUGUACAACAUUUACCUGACGAAUUACAAGAGGACGUGCCAUCGAGAUCAAUGGAACAGAAUAAUCCGAGAAACGGUAGCGACGGGACAUUGCAAGAACCAGUAGAAGGAAACGAGGGACAGUCACAAGCCCCACCGGAAAGACCAGCACGAACGAGAAAAAACCCAGCGUGGUUACGGGACUAUGAAUGA